AUGCCCAGAGUCUAUCCUCCGAUAGACGGCAAGACCUCUUCGCCUACCAUCUCGCCCUCGAUCGUCGAGACUGUCGCUGGCUUUUCCGCCGGGCUGAUUGCAACCCUGGUCGCCCAUCCGUUCGAUGUCCUGAAGACGCGCCUACAGCUCGACCAGACGCACGCGCCGCGAUGGGGGAAUUCGUUUCACAUACUCCGCAACAUUGUCCGCAAUGAGGGCAACGUCGGCGCUCUGUAUCGCGGCUUGAUGCCAAACAUGAUAGGAAACUCUGUCAGCUGGGGGCUGUAUUUCCUUUGGUAG